CUUAGCUCGGCAGCUCGUCUCCGCGGAGCGGCUCGGCUCGGCUCAGCUCGGCUGCGCGGCCGCGGACGGGCGUGCGCGGGGGGCGCGGGGCGCGGGCCUCGGCGGCGGCGGCGGCGGCGGCGGAAGCCUGGUGCCCCCGCCCGCCCGGUGCUCUCGACGAGGCGGAGGCGUAGCGACGGCUGGGCCUCGGACGGCCGCGUCGGAGCGGGCGCGGGGGGCGCGGCGCGGGCGUGCGCAGGGGGCGCGAAGCAGCGCGGCCCGCUGGGGGCGCCGCCGGCCGGGUCAGCGCGGACGGCUCUCGGCGGACGCGGGCGGACGGCUGGCCAGCCCCUCCCUGCCCGCGCGCCCGGGCGCCCACUGGCCGGCGCCGGGCCGGGAGAGAUGACAUCGACGGGGAAGGACGGCGGCGGGGCGCAGCACGCGCAGUAUGUGGGACCCUACCGGCUGGAGAAGACACUGGGGAAGGGGCAGACAGGCCUCGUGAAGCUGGGGAUCCACUGUGUCACGUGCCAGAAAGUUGCCAUCAAGAUUGUGAACCGUGAGAAGCUCAGCGAGUCUGUGCUGAUGAAGGUGGAGCGGGAGAUCGCUAUCCUGAAGCUCAUAGAGCACCCACAUGUUCUGAAGCUGCACGACGUUUACGAAAACAAAAAAUAUUUGUACCUGGUGCUAGAACAUGUGUCCGGUGGGGAGCUCUUUGACUACCUGGUGAAGAAGGGCCGGCUGACCCCCAAGGAGGCCCGAAAGUUCUUCCGGCAGAUCAUCUCAGCGCUGGACUUCUGCCACAGCCACUCCAUAUGCCACAGGGAUUUGAAGCCUGAGAACCUUCUGCUGGACGAGAAGAACAACAUCCGGGUUGCAGACUUCGGCAUGGCAUCCCUGCAGGUGGGCGACAGCCUGCUGGAGACCAGCUGCGGGUCCCCCCACUAUGCCUGCCCGGAGGUGAUCCGGGGGGAGAAGUACGACGGCCGCAAGGCGGAUGUGUGGAGCUGCGGUGUGAUCCUGUUUGCCUUGCUGGUGGGGGCGUUGCCCUUCGACGACGACAACCUACGGCAGCUGCUGGAGAAGGUCAAGCGGGGUGUGUUCCACAUGCCGCACUUCAUCCCGCCCGACUGCCAGAGCUUGCUGCGGGGCAUGAUCGAGGUGGACGCCGCGCGGCGCCUCACGCUAGAGCACAUUCAGAAACACAUAUGGUAUAUAGGGGGCAAGAACGAGCCGGAGCCCGAGCAGCCCGUGCCCCGCAAGGUGCAGAUCCGCUCCCUGCCCAGCCUGGAUGACAUCGACCCAGAUGUGUUGGACAGCAUGCACUCAUUGGGUUGCUUCCGGGACCGCAACAAGCUUCUGCAGGACCUGCUGUCUGAGGAGGAGAACCAGGAGAAGAUGAUUUAUUUCCUCCUCCUGGACCGGAAGGAGAGGUACCCGAGCCAGGAGGACGAAGACCUGCCACCCCGGAACGAAAUAGACCCUCCCCGGAAGCGCGUGGACUCACCGAUGCUGAACCGCCACGGCAAGCGGCGGCCAGAGCGCAAAUCCAUGGAGGUGCUCAGUGUGACGGACGGUGGCUCCCCGGUGCCUGCACGGCGAGCCAUCGAGAUGGCUCAGCACAGCCAGAGGUCUCGAUCCAUCAGUGGAGCCUCCUCAGGCCUGUCCACGAGCCCACUCAGCAGCCCCCGGGUGACCCCUCACCCCUCACCAAGGGGCAGUCCCCUCCCUACCCCCAAGGGGACGCCUGUCCACACGCCAAAGGAGAGCCCAGCCGGCACACCCAACCCCACGCCGCCGUCCAGUCCCAGUGUCGGAGGAGUGCCCUGGAGGACGCGGCUCAACUCUAUCAAGAACAGCUUCCUGGGGUCACCCCGUUUCCACCGCCGGAAACUGCAGGUCCCAACACCGGAGGAGAUGUCCAAUCUGACCCCGGAAUCGUCCCCAGAGCUGGCCAAGAAGUCCUGGUUUGGCAACUUCAUCACGCUGGAGAAAGAGGAGCAGAUCUUCGUGGUCAUCAAGGACAAGCCCCUCAGCUCCAUCAAAGCCGACAUCGUGCACGCCUUCCUGUCGAUCCCCAGCCUUGGCCACAGCGUCAUCUCCCAGACAAGCUUCCGGGCUGAAUACAAGGUGACUGGGGGCCCGGCCGUGUUCCAGAAGCCUGUAAAGUUCCAAGUGGACAUCACCUACACAGAGGGCGGGGAAGCCCAGAAGGAGAAUGGCAUCUACUCUGUCACCUUCACCCUUCUCUCAGGCCCGAGCCGCCGCUUCAAGAGGGUAGUGGAGACCAUCCAGGCCCAGCUGCUGAGCACACAUGACCAGCCGGCGGCCCAGCACCUGGCAGACACCACUAACUGUAUGGAAAUGAUGACGGGGCGGCUUUCCAAAUGUGGCAGCCCAUUGAGUAACUUCUUUGACGUAAUUAAACAACUUUUUUCAGACGAGAAGAACGGGCAGGCGGCCCCGGCCCCCAGCACGCCCGCCAAGCGGAGCGCCCAGAGCCCACUCGGCGACUCCGCGGCCGCUGGCCCUGGCCCUGGAGGGGAUGCCGAGUACCCGGCGGGCAAGGACACGGCCAAGAUGGGGCCGCCCGCCACCCGCCGAGAGCAGCCUUAGACACACUAGCCCCUUCCCCAGCACAGCACUGACAGCGGCCGCCUGCGCCAACCCUUUGGACUGUAGUCGCGGAGCCUGGGAGGAAAGGAAGGGCAUGCGGGCCGCGGCCUGCGGGCUGGGCAACGCGCUCGCUCUUUCUCUCUUGCGGUCUGUCUCUGACAGCGUCACUUGUUUCCACUCUGAUACCAGGAAUUAUCCCGAAAAGUUAACAUGUCAUCUCCACGAGGCCAUCCUCUGUGCUCCACGCUGGACACUGGCUGACGGAAGGCGGCUCCGCGGACCUGCCCUCCCUCCACUCCUGCUGUUGCUGCUGCCGGGCAGCGAGGCCCUGUCCAUCGCCAUCCUCACCUGCACGGCAGCUCACACCCUGUCUCAGCCCUGAGCGUCCCAUGGGAGGAGGACCAGGCUCCAAGGGGAAGCCGCCUCCAGCCUGGCUGACCCAGACUCCCACUGACAGACCCCUUGGCACGCCUGACCCACCACCGCCACACCUGACGCCCACCUCCUGCCCUCACCUCAUCUGUCAGCCUUGCUGUCUCCUUUGCAUCCACAUCCCGUACCUAAGCUGGGGGCUAUGGGCUCUGAUGUUCCUGUGGAAAUGGAGACCCUGGGCACCGGCACCGCCAUGGGCUAGGCGAGGGCCAUCUUGUUAGCUGUUUUAAUUUGCUGAGUGUCUUCACUUCUCUGUUCAGGGAAGAGUGGCCCCGCCACAUGUCUCGGGCAGGGAGGGGCCGGGUGCCCUCCCAGGACGCGCAGGGGGUGCGGGUGGGGGGGCAGUGGGGCCAGCGGUGGGUGCAGCACCGGCAAGCUACUGUAAACUUUAAAGAAUUCCUGCAAGAUAUUUUUAUAAACUUUUUCUUGGUUGUUUUUGGAAAAGGGUGUGGGGGAGGGCUGCUGGGGCAGGGCCAGCCUUUGUGUUGCAGUUCCCGCUCGGUUAUUUCUGUAAACAUAUACAUAUAUAUUUAAAGAAUGACGCGGCGAGCUGUCCUGGGUUCUGUUUUAUUGCCGUGUAGCAGCAGCUCAAAUUCGGGGGGGCUCAGGCAGAGGUUGGACGCCGUACCCUGGGACGGCACUGCCCAGGCCCCUCUGUCCAAACCCAGGCUGGGGUGUGCUUGUGUCAGUGAGUACAGGGCAAGAGGAAGGACCCAGGCUGGCCUCCAUCACACACAGGAUGGCAGGUGCACUGUGGGGCUUUUUUUUAUUAAAAUGGAAAAAAGUUAAAAAAACAAAACAAACAAAGGACAGAAAGAAUGGCCCAUGCUCCGUAGCUUGUCCCUCCUGGUGCGUAGUGGGUGAGGGCACAGCCUACGUGGUGGCCUGCAGCUCUGCCCCCAUCUCCGCUCCCCUUUAUGUCCCUUUUGUGCCGGUGGCCCAGCCCCUCCCUUCUGGCCACAAGCCGCCCUGGUGCAGCCAGUGAGGCCGGGCGGCAGUGGCCGUUUCGAUGCAUGCCUUUGCUGUGACCAGUCCAUUUUCUUUGGUUGUCUCCCCUCCCCUCAUGUAUAGAUUUUAAUGCUUCUGUUAACAUUAAACCUCUACCACAGGCUGGGAUUUCUAUACAUAAGACAAAAAUUAAACACCUAUAACAGCAGAAGCCACGUAGUACAAGCGGGAAGGGGCUUACCCAUGGAGACGGAGGACACGGAAAGCAGUCCCUCCCAGCAGCCUUUCUCUUUUGUACUUCGGGCACACGUGGACUCACGCAGACGUCCUGGACAUGGACAAGCCCCAUCCAGUGUACCCCUGUCAGAUAACUGUGAGCAACUUCAGUUCUGGAACAAUA